ACGAGUGGUUGAAGUUAAUUCAAUCGAUUUAUAUUUCUUCUUGAAGAUAUCUCUGGAGUUUGACGUGAGUAAAGAAGAUUAGAGGAAAUUAGAGGAACUUUUUGAAGGAGUUAUGACCGAUGGAGAUGGAGAUUAUGGAGGAAUGGGGUUAGGGGAUUCACGGAUCUCUCAAGAAAAUCUUGAUGACAUUGAUCAUAUGCUGGAGAAGCUGGCGAUGGCGCAGAGCCAUAUACUGAGAUUUAUAAAUCAAUUGCCAGCAUUGCUGGACAAUGACGAGGAGUUUGAAAAAUUGAGAUCAGAGGUUAAUGGGUUGGUUGAUAAAAUUUACUCGAUCGUUGGACCUCUGGUGGAAGCUAAAAAUGAGAAUGAGAAGAGGAUCAAGCAGCUGGAGGCGAGCUACGGGGAAUUAUUGUAUCAUUUUGAGGGAGAGCAGAAGAAGGUCGAGAGUUUCGAGCAACAAAUUCGUCAGUUGACUGCUGAGUCUGCUGGACAAGUCACGUUUUGCACACAUAUGGGGGCAGUAUUGGGUAAUUUGAUAUGGAAAUCUGCGAGGUCGUCUUCACAGGUCGAGCAGUGGCUCAAUGAGAAUCGACAAGACCUCAACGAUUUUAUAUCAAUCACAACGACAGCCUUGGAGUCAUUCCUUCAAACUUUCGGAGGGCGUUUUCCCGACAUCAAAGAGCAACAGUGCCAGUUCAUGAUGUCGCUCAUGGGGACAAUCACAAACGUGUCUGCAAAUUCUACGGGACGACAAAUGCUGUGUAGUCAAGCCACCGGAAAAUCUUUGAUUUCGCUGAUCACCAAGUCCAUCCCCAAUGUACCAUCGACCACCGGAGAUCCCAUGAAGAGACUGAUGCUCAUGAUUCUGUACAACAUCAGCCUGAACUGCACAGGUCUACCCUUUUUGCUGUCCCGAAAGGUCCACGAAUUGAUUCCCUACUGUACAGAAGAAUCUCCUGAGAUCCAGCUGAAUGCUCUACGUUUAAUUCAGUCCAUCACGUACGACAUAAAGGAAACCGAAGUAGUGAAUCGUCUCCUGGAGCUGCUGCCUCUGAUAAAAAUUCACGAAUUCAUGUCAUCCAGAGACGAUCGAAUAGCAGAGGCUGCCAGAGGCCUGAUGACGAACAUAAACAAAUUUUUCGCCACAGCCGAAACCAUCAGCAACACAUCAACAGAAAAUUGA